GAUUUCUUCCUUUACGCUUCUUCUACCGUGUUUGGCAUUUAAGGUAGUGGGUGAAUGUAUCGUUCGUGUUUUAAUACUGAGUUAAAUUAAUCGUGGUGGAGUUAAGAAGUGUUUUUGUUUUUGGAAAGAUUAAAUCAUAUUACACUAACUGUAAUGUUUGCUAGCCAUCUAUAGCUUUGCUAUUGCAUCUAGGAUAUUCUGCGUUCAUAAACAACAUGCAGAUUGUUAAGCAGCGUAAAACAAUUUAAAAAACCCACCGUGUGUUGACGUGAGUGUGAACUUUAAUCACUGCAUUGCAUUGGUCCGAUUCACAUAGUGGCCUAAUCAGCAACUUGAAAUUAUAUAUGUGGAAAAGAACAGCGCGGUCGCCUCAUGCAAGUUUGAAACGCAGAUUGUUAGUCCACUAACGUAAGGUCCGAUAUGAACCCCUCAGCCGCAUUUCAAACCGUUUUGCAUUUAUAACUAUGAUAUAAAGAACAAUAAGGUAAAUACGUGUGUACGUUGCAUUCAUUAAGAUUGCGAUCCAUGUGUCCAUGGACUGUAAUUUGCCUUUGACAGAACAGGGAUGCAGCUCCCCCUACUGCGGCAGUGCCGAUGGCGUCGGCUUUCGCUCUGCGUCGCUCCUGUUUCACGGAGGCGGCCCGUACGCACGUGGGAGCGGUACUGCUCCUCGGAAUCGCGUGUUCAAGCAGAACUGCCACCCCAGACCCGGCUAAACCCAUUGAACAUUCAGAUGGUGUCCAGGAAUUUACAUGAGCAGAUUUUUCGUGGGUCAAUGCCACAGUAUCGGCAGGAGGAUGUGGAGCGUAGCGUGAAGCACCUACAGAAGCAUCAGCUUUGGGGCAAAGAUGCCCCUUUGCUGCCUGAUGUGGAGCUGCACCUGCCCUGCAUGUAUGGCAGCAACAUCGACGAGCACUUCCACAUCCUGGCCAAGAAACAGAGCUUGCCCUACCUGGAAACAGCCAAUCAUCUCCUCCAUGCCCAGCUGCCCCAGAUACCUAAAGAGUGGGCAUGGGGAGUGGGCUGGACGCGGUACAAUGCAGACGGCCAGUGCUGCAAGGUGGACUUUCCUGAAGAGAAGGCCUUGGUGUUCGAUGUGGAGGUGUGCAUGGCCGAGGGUCAGUGCCCAACACUGGCUGUCGCUGUUUCUCCUUCUGCCUGGUACUCAUGGUGCAGCAGAAGAUUGAUUGAGGAGAGAUACACCUGGUCCAGUCAGUUAACUCUGGCGGACCUCAUCCCCUUAGAGACCACAGCCAACUCCUCCCGGCCACCAGGAGAUGCAUGGCAGGAGCGGCUGCUGGUGGGACACAAUGUCAGUUUUGACCGUGCUCACAUCAAGGAGCAGUACCUUCUGAAGGGAUCUAAAAUGCGUUUCCUGGACACCAUGAGCAUGCAUAUGGCCAUCUCUGGGCUAACUGGCUUUCAGCGCUCGCUGUGGAUGGCCAGCAGGCAUGGCAAGAGGCGUGGCCUUCAGGAGGUCAGAGAGCACGUAAAGAAGACAGGCAGGCGCAAAGACGGCUCUGUGAUUGGUUCGUGGGACUGGGUGGACAUCAGCAGCAUUAAUAACCUGGCAGACGUCCACGCGCUCUAUGUCGGAGGGGAGCCUCUGCAGAAGGAAGCUAGGGAGGUCUUUGUAAAAGGCAGCAUGGCUGAUGUUAGAGGCAGCUUCCAGGCACUGAUGUCAUACUGUGCCCUUGAUGUGCAGGCGACUCAUGAGGUGUUUUGUGAGCAGCUGCCUCUGUUUAUGGAAAGGUGCCCCCACCCUGUGUCAUUCGCCGGCAUGCUGGAGAUGGGGGUCUGCUAUUUGCCCGUCAAUCAAAACUGGGACCGGUACUUGGAGGAUGCACAGGGUACCUUUGAGGAGCUGCAGCGGGAGAUGAAGAAAUCUCUGAUGAACCUGGCAAACGAUGCCUGCCAGCUUCUGCAGCAUGAGAGAUAUAAAGAGGAUCCCUGGCUGUGGGACCUGGAAUGGGAUGUUCAGGAAUUCAAGCAGAAGAAGACAGCUCUCCGAAAGAAGAAAGGAGUCACAGUGAAGCCGGCGGCAGAACCCACGAGGACGGUGAGAGACUGGGAUGAAGACCCUGGACCCCCCAUAGAAGAGGAGGAGGCUGGGGUAGCACAGCUGGAGCAGCUGAAGGAGACCGUAAGGCUCCUUCCAAAGAGGAGACAGCAUCUGCCCGGGCACCCUGGGUGGUACCGCAAGCUAUGUAUGAAGAUGUCAGAGGAGGGGUGGUCCCCUGGGCCGAGUUUGAUAAGCCUGCAGAUGCGGGUGACCCCCAAGCUGAUGGGGCUGACAUGGGAUGGCUUCCCGCUGCACUACACGGAGAGACGCGGCUGGGGUUACCUGGUCCCCGGGCGACUGGACAACCUAGAGCCCCAGGAGGACGCCCAGGGGCCAGUGUGCCCCCACAGAGCCAUUGAGGCCCUCUAUAGGGAAUACUGCGAGAGGAAUGGCACGGACCAGGCGCUGUGUGUGGACAGCCCUGUCUCUGAGGAAAUGAUGCUGACGGACAGCACCGUGUGGCAGACUGUGGAAGAGCUUAGUUUGCUGGAGAAGGAGGAUGACCUCAAAACAGGGAGUACCAAGAGCAAAAGGACAGAGGAAAUGAAGGCUCCGAAAUCAGCAGGGAAUGAGGGCGGUUGUCCCUAUCACCAGGGUAAUGGGCCGUACGAUGAUGUCAGCAUCCCCGGGUGCUGGUUCUUUAAACUUCCGCAUAAGGAUGGCAACGACAACAAUGUCGGGAGCCCGUUUUCCAAAGAAUUCUUGUCCAAGAUGGAGGAUGGUACUCUGCAGGCAGGGCGUGGGGGCACCAACGCUGCCAGGGCUCUGGAGAUCAACAAGAUGAUCUCGUUCUGGAGAAAUGCGCAGAAGCGAAUCGGCCAGAAGGUGGUGUGGCUUCGGAAGGCAGAGCUGCCCCUCCCUGUCAGAAGACAUGCCGAUUUUGAUGGGGAGAGUCAGUACGGUGCAAUCCUGCCCCAGGUCAUCACUGCAGGAACCGUCACACGGAGGGCGGUGGAGCCCACCUGGCUCACCGCCAGCAAUGCCAGGCGUGACCGCGUGGGCAGCGAGCUGAAGGCCAUGGUGCAGACGCCCCCUGGAUACCACCUGGUCGGGGCCGACGUGGACUCCCAGGAGCUGUGGAUCGCUGCCAUCCUGGGCGAGGUGCACUUCGCGGGCAUACACGGAUGCACAGCCUUUGGCUGGAUGACUCUCCAGGGGAAGAAGAGCCAGGGCACUGACCUGCACAGCCGCACCGCCCAGGCCGUGGGCAUUAGCCGCGAGCACGCCAAGGUCUUCAACUACGGCCGCAUCUACGGUGCUGGGCAGCCCUUCGCCGAGCGGCUGCUCAUGCAGUUCAACCAUCGGCUGAGCCCGGCCGAGGCAGCGGACAAAGCCCGGCACAUGUAUGCUGUGACCAAGGGCCUCCGCAGGUACUGCCUGUCCGAGGAGGGAGAGUCAUUGGUGCAGCAGCUCCAGCUUGAGGUUGAGCGCGACGAGAGCGGCUCCGUGUCCCUGCAGCAGCUCCGCAAGAUCCAUAGGCUGGCCUCGCAAAUGUCACGGGGACGAAAGUGGGAAGUGGUGGAACAGCGAACCUGGGCGGGGGGCACAGAAUCAGAGAUGUUCAACAAGCUGGAGAGCAUCGCCCACUCUGAGGCGCCGUGCACCCCCGUCCUGGGCUGCCGCAUCAGCAGAGCACUGGAGCCCAGGGUCGUCAAAGAUGAGUUCAUCACCAGUCGGGUGAACUGGGUGGUUCAGAGCUCAGCUGUGGACUAUCUCCACCUGAUGCUGGUGGCCAUGCGGUGGCUGCUGGAGGAAUUCGACAUCGAUGGUCGGUUCUGCAUCAGCAUCCACGACGAGGUGCGCUACCUGGUGCGCAGUGAGGACCGCUACCGGGCCGCACUGGCACUGCAGAUCACAAACCUGCUCACGAGAUCCAUGUUUGCCUACAAACUGGGCAUACAGGACCUGCCACAGUCGGUGGCCUUUUUCAGCGCUGUGGACAUUGACCAGUGUCUGCGCAAGGAGGUCACCAUGGAGUGCUGCACCCCGUCCAACCCCACGGGGAUGCAGCGGCGAUACGGACUGGCCCAAGGUGAAGCCCUGGAUAUCUACCAGAUCAUAGGGAUCACCAGAGGCAGCUUGGAGAAGGGCAGGUAGCAGAUUGCGGAGAUGUCUGGGGCUCGUGGGCUCUACAGCCUGGCGCUCCAUCUUGCAUGAGGACCAGCGUGCUGUCAGCAGGCUGACCUGCUCACUUUCUCCUCUUCUUCUGGGGCUCCCCACUCGCCUCAGCAUCUUGAGACACUGUCGCCUGAAGAAGCACAGCAGUCAGCUUCAAACUGGUUUGGAAAGUAAACUGAAGGAAGAGCUUA